AUGGACUGCUGUUCCGGCCGCUGCGCGUUCAUCUUCCUCUGCACUUUGCUGCUGGUCACUGCCCUGGAGCGGCAGGUGUUUGACUUCCUGGGCUACCAGUGGGCGCCCACCCCGGCCACCUUUGUCCGCAUCGUCGCGGUCAUCCUGGGGCUCCUUGGCGCCGUCCAGCACCGGCCUCGCUGUGUCGUGGCGGUGGGUCCGCUUACGCUGGCUGCGUGGGCAGCCGUCUGGGUCACCUGGGAUGUUUUCAUUACCUGCUUCUACCUGGAGGUGGGGGGCCUCUCCAAGGACAGCGAGCUCCUGACCUUCAACCUCUGCCGACACCGCUCCUGGUGGCAGGGGCGCGGCCCGGCUGUCAGUGUGAGGGGCGCUGAUGGCCGGGCCCUGGCGCCCGGUGGGGGCUGCGCCCUGGAGCACGGCUACGGGGAGGCCCUGCACAGCGCCCUGCAGAUCGUGGGGGCGCUGGUGGGCUUCGUCUACGCCUGCUACGUGGUCAGCGUCCUCACCGAGGAGGAAGACAGCUUUGAUUUCUUUGGUGGAUUUGACCCAUUUCCUCUCUACCAUGUCCCUGAAAAGCCCUCCAGCCUCCUGUUCAAGCAGGCCUGUGACGAAGUGAAGUGGCGAAGGGCCCGCCCUGCCCCGGCCUCCAGCUGCUGA